GACUAGUAGCAACCAGCGUUUUGUUAACACACAGUGUACAUUAAAAACUGUACCGAAAUUUCCGCCGUUAAAAUGCCCUGGGAUUAAGAUUUUUCCAUGCAUCUGAAAAGUAAACAAUUUGUAAUUGAUUGUUUUUGUUUUUAGAUUGUAAUAAAUCACUAGAAAUGCUGCUACAAAGUAACGAUAGUUGAUAAAGUCCUUCUAAACCUGAACAGGCAAGAGAAAAAAGAAGUUCAGUUCAGUUGAGUGUGCGUUCUGAAUGAAAGAAGGCCAAGGGCGCGAAUCGGAACUCAUCAACUUACUGCCUGCCGUCUUCAGAAUUUCUGUUCGGUUUUAUAGCAAUGGCGAAAGCAAUGUCUUUUUUCUUGAAAGUUGUGGAAAGAUUUGUAAAUAUUUGCCGCAGUUUUUGGAGUGCUAUUAUGAUCGGCACUGGAGGAAACGAAGUCCAAACCGAUGUGGUGAAGAGUUUUGAAGAAAUGCCUGGUCCCAAACCUCUUCCAUUUAUUGGAAAUCUCUGGAGAUACUUUCCUGUUGUAGGUAGCUAUAGCUUUGAAAGGUUACAUAGAACUUAUCAAAAAUUCUACGAAGAGUUCGGACCCAUAGUCAGGGAAAAGGUGUUCGGUGAAAGGACUUUAGUCCAUGUUUUCCAUCCCGAUGACAUGAUGAGAGUAUACAAAGCCGAUGGACAUAUGCCAAAACGAUUGAGCCAUAGAGCCUUAGAAAAGUACAGAAGAGAAAGGCCACAUUUGUACUCCGGCCCAGGUUUAUUCCCAACUAAUGGAGAAGAAUGGUACAACUUUCGCCAAUUGUUUCAAAAUCUACUGAUGAUGAAUGAAUCCGUAGAAGCUUGUUCUAAUGCCCUGGAAGACAUAACGGACGAAAUGGUUGAAAAAAUAUCCGUGGAACUCGAUGAAAACAGAGAAAUUGAUCUGACGCCAUUGUUAUUCAACUGGGCUCUGGAAUGUAUCGGUUCAAUAACAUUGAACAGGAGGUUGGGUUGUUUGUCAACUGAAGGAAACAAAGAAGCAGAAUUGCUGGUAAAAGCAGCCAAUGAUACUCACACCGCUAUAUUCUUGACAGAAGCGACUCCAUUUAGCUUUUCUAGUUAUAAGAAGUUGGAGGCGGCUCAAAAUCUUUUUUCUGAAGUCGUUUCAAAAUAUUUAGAUGAAGUUAUUGAAGAUAUCGAGCAAGGAAAGAAUACAGAUUCUCUCGUUGCUCAGAUGUUGAAAAUAGAAGAUGCGAGCAAAAAAGAUGUUUUUACUAUGAUAUUGGAUAUGUUUAUGGCAGGCAUUGACACCACGGCUUUCACUUUAUCUUUUGCCCUGUAUAACUUGGCCAAGAAUAAAACAGUACAGCAAAAGCUCCGAGAAGAAAUGAUUGAACUCCUACCCACCAAAAAUGAUAGAUUUACAGGAGCUCCCUUACGCAAAUAUAAAUAUCUGAAAUACGUUGUAAAGGAAACACUGAGAGUGAAUCCUGUUGCCAUUGGAACUGGAAGAAUUUUACAAGAAGAUCUAGUUCUCGGCAACUAUUGCGUCCCAGCACAAACAAUGGUAAUUUUGCAACAUCAAGCCGCGUCUCUACAAGAACAAUUUUUUCCAAAUCCUCUCCAAUUUGAUCCUGACAGAUGGAGACGACAUCAAGUUACUAAUCUCGUUUCUUGCCCUUUCGGCUAUGGACACAGAAUGUGUGUUGGCAUGAAGUUUGCAUAUAGGGAGCUUUAUUUAGCUCUUUCGAAGAUGGUGCGAAAUUUUGACAUCAGCUACCAUUAUGAAGAUAUUGAUUCUAUAAAUAGAUUGAUCAAUGUUCCUGACAAACCUCUGAGGCUGCGUCUUCAACAAAUUACCGAAUAAUUUAAAUAUAAACACCCAUUGUAUGAAUUUUAUUUAUUUUGUUUAGAAAUACUGAAAUUACCGAAUUUUAUGAGAUCUGAAUAAUUAGUUUAUUUCUGAGAAUAAUCUUCCCUGUUUUUUAGCGCACUAUGUAGUCAUAAAUGAAGAGCAAUUUGUCAACAGAAGCAUCUUGCAUCAACAUAUUUUAUAAUAACAGCCGUUUUGAAUGCAAUUUUAUAAACAAUUUUACAUUUUUUUUUCUAUUUUAUAUAAUAUGAAUUUUUUUUAUACUUUAUAACUUAAUUUUAGAAAGUUAUUUAUUAC